AUGUUUCAGUCCUUCAGGAUUCUGGCCUUCUUGGCUUGCGCGGCCUCUCUGCGCGGGGAGCGAGAGAAGUUCGUGUCCGAGGAGGCACAGGAUGAUGAGGCCGCGUACAAGCAAUUCCGUCAAGAGUUUAACCGCACCGCCGAAGACAGCAUCGCUUACCUGGAGCGCUUGGCACACUUCAGGCGUUUUCGCGCCGCAGUAGCACGGCACAACGCUCGCCCAGAUGCGAGCUGGAGGGCAGUGGUCGGGCCUUUUGCCGACUAUACAGACGCAGAGUUCAAGGCGCUGCUUGGACAUCGCCGCACCUUCAGACCAGAGGUCAAGGCCGCAAGCUCCUUCUUGCAGACUGAGCCCCACAAGACAAUUGCUAGCACUGUCGACUGGACUGACAAACUCAGUUCCGUCAGAAGUGUCAAGGAGCAAGGUUCAUGUGGUUCCUGCUGGGCGGUGGCGGCCAUUGGCGCAUUGGAGAUGCACGCAGAGCUGGCGUUGCAGAAGGCUGGCUCUGCCCUCUCCUCCAACCAGGUGAAGGAUUGCUCCACAAAUCCAAAGCACUGUGGGGGCAGUGGCGGCUGCCAGGGUUCCACCUCGGAGCUUGCAUAUGACUACAUUGUGAAAAACGGCAUUGCCCUCGACAGCACCUACGGAGGGGACAAGAAUCGCGAUUCAAGCUGCCAGGCACACAAGCCCUACUUGCGCAUUGGAGGCUUUCAGCCUUUGCCCGUGAACAAGCUCCAGCCGCUGAUGGAAGCGGUAUCUACGAAAGGGCCGGUCGUUGUGUCCAUCGAUGCUUCCGGCUGGAAUUCCUACGGCGGUGGCAUCUUCGAUAGCUGCGACAAGGAUGCUGUUGUGAACCAUGCUGUGGUUUUGGUUGGCUACGGCAAGUCAAAGUCGGAGAACAAGGAGUACUGGCUCAUUCGCAACUCCUGGGGCGAGGGUUGGGGUGAGAAGGGCUUCAUCCGACUGCUCCGUCACAGUGGCGACCAAGGCGAUGCAGGCUACUGUGGCACGGACCGAAACCCGAAGGAAGGCGUUGGUUGCGACGGCGGACCCCCGGAAAUUCCUGUGUGUGGGAUGUGCGGUGUACUCUCGGAUUCCGUGUAUCCUACCGGACUCCAGCUCGCCUGA